AUGUCGAACGCGCUGGAAUCAUUGAAGCAAUACACAACUGUGGUGUCAGACUCGGGUGACUUUGAGUCGAUCUCCGCUUACAAGCCGCAGGAUGCUACGACCAACCCGUCGUUGAUCCUUGCGGCGGUGAAGGAGGAGAAGUACGCCAAGAUGGUGGCUCCCGCCGUUGAGUAUGCGAAGAGCAAGGGCGGUAGCCGCGACGAGAUGAUCGAACAUGCUACGGACCGCUUGCUCGUGUCGUUUGGCGAAGAGAUUCUCAAGAUCAUCCCUGGCCGCGUGUCGACGGAGGUGGAUGCGCGUCUGUCAUUUGACAAGCAAGCCACCAUCGACAAGGCCAUCAAGCUUAUUCAACUGUACGAGUCGGUGGGCGUGUCGAAGGAGCGUGUGCUGAUCAAGAUUGCUUCAACUUGGGAAGGCAUUCAGGCCGCGCGUGAACUGGAGUCGAAGCACGGCAUUCACUGCAACCUGACACUUCUUUUCAGCUUCUGCCAGGCUGUGGCAUGCGCUGAGGCGAAUGUGACGCUUAUUUCGCCAUUCGUAGGCCGCAUUCUCGACUGGUUCAAGAAGAACAAGCCUGACGCAGACUACAGCGGAGCGAACGACCCUGGUGUCAAGUCUGUACAGCUCAUCUAUAACUACUACAAGCAGCAUGGCUACAAUACAAUCGUCAUGGGUGCGUCUUUCCGCAAUACGAGCGAGAUCGUUGAGCUGGCCGGUGUGGACUUCCUUACGAUUGCGCCCAAGCUGCUGGAUGAGCUGAAAAACAGCCAGACGAAGCUCGAGCGCAAGCUGUCGAAGGAAAACGCCCAGGCAGCUAAGCCUAUCGAGAAGCACUCGUACAUCGACAAUGAGUCGGCGUUCCGCUGGGCACAGCUGGAAGAUGCAAUGGGCUUUGACAAGCUCCAUGAGGGUAUCCGCAAGUUUGCCGACGAUGCCGUGACUCUGAAGGAGAUUAUUGGCAAGCAGCUUCUGUAG